AUGGACGACGACGGCCGUUACCGGGACAACCGCUCCGACUUCAUCCGCGGCGCCAAGGACAUCGCCAAGGUGGCCAAAAAGCAGGUGGGCAAGAAGAUGGGCCGCGGCGUGGACAAGAUGGCCGACGAGUACACCCGUCGCUCCUACAAGCGUUUCGAGGAGGAGGAGGACGACGACGACUACGCGGGGGUCCCCGGCGGCCAAGACGGCGGGGGCUACUACCGCAACGACAGCCGCGCCAACGACGACGAGGCCCACAGCGACUCCACCGAGGGUCACGACGAGGACGACGAGAUCUACGAGGGCGAGUACCAGGGCAUCCCGCGGGGAGAGUCGGGCAAGGCGGACGGCGCGGCGGCCGUGCAGGUGCAAGCGCAGCACUUCCGGGACCUGUCGGUGUACGAAGGCGAGCGCAGGAAGGACCAGGAGGAGCUGGCCCAGCAGUACGAAAGCAUCUUGCAGGAGUGCGGACACGGCAAGUUUCAGUGGACUCUCUACUUCGUGCUGGGACUGGCGCUCAUGGCCGACGGCGUGGAGAUCUUCGUGGUAGGGUUCGUGCUGCCCUUCGCCGAGAAGGACAUGUGCCUGUCGGAGCCCAACAAGGGCAUGCUGGGCCUGAUCGUAUAUCUAGGCAUGAUGGUGGGUGCGUUCGUGUGGGGCGGCCUGGCCGACCGCAUCGGGCGACGGCAAACCUUGCUCAUCUCGCUGUCCAUCAACAGCGUCUUCGCCUUCUUCUCGUCCUUCGUGCAAGGCUACUCGUCCUUCCUCUUCUGCCGCCUGGCCUCGGGAGUCGGCAUCGGCGGCUCCAUCCCUAUAGUCUUCUCCUACUACUCGGAGUUCCUGGCUCAGGAGAAGCGAGGGGAGCACCUGAGUUGGCUCUGCAUGUUCUGGAUGAUCGGCGGCAUUUACGCCUCGGCCAUGGCUUGGGCCAUCAUCCCGCACUACGGCUGGAGCUUCCAGAUGGGCUCGGCCUACCAGUUCCACAGCUGGCGCGUCUUCGUACUGGUGUGCGCCUUCCCCUCGGUGGCGGCCAUCUCGGCUCUCACCACCAUGCCAGAGAGCCCGCGCUUCUACCUGGAGAACGGGAAACACGACGAGGCCUGGAUGAUUCUCAAGCAGGUCCACGACACCAACAUGAGGGCCAAAGGAUACCCGGAGAGGGUCUUCUCUGUGACCACCAUCAAAACAGUGAAGCAGAUGGACGAGCUGGUCAACUUGGGAGACGGCGCCGCCUGGCACGAGAAAUGGAGGAUUAAGCUCACCACGCUUUUCCAUCAGGUUUGGAGUAAUUUCCAGACAGUUUUCUCCCCCGAGUACCGCCGCACCACCUACAUGAUGAUGGCCGUCUGGUUCUCCAUGUCCUUCAGCUACUACGGUCUGACGGUGUGGUUCCCCGACAUGAUCAAGUACCUUCAGAAGCAGGAGUACGCGUCCCGCACUAAAGUCUUUGUCAAGGAGAAGGUGGAGCACGUCACCUUCAACUUCACGCUGGAGAACCAGGUGCACCGCCAGGGCGAGUACUUUAACGACAAGUUCAUGAACCUGAAAAUGAGGUCCAUGGUGUUUGAGGACUCAUUGUUUGAGGAAUGCUACUUUGAGGACAUCACUUCAAGUAACACUUUCUUCAAGAACUGUACCUUCAUCGCCACACUCUUCUACAAUACAGAUCUGUUCAAGUACAGGUUGGUCAACAGCCGACUGAUCAACAGCACCUUCCUGCACAAUAAAGAGGGCUGCCUGCUGAGCGACGUGAGCGACGAGAACAACGCCUACAUGGUCUACUUUGUCAGCUUCCUGGGCACCUUGGCCGUGUUGCCGGGCAACAUCGUGUCGGCGCUGCUCAUGGACAAAAUCGGACGGCUCAGGAUGCUCGCGGGGUCCAGCGUGAUUUCCUGCGUCAGCUGCUUCUUCCUAUCGUUCGGCAACAGCGAGUCAGCCAUGAUCGCGCUGCUCUGCCUGUUCGGCGGCAUCAGCAUCGCCUCCUGGAACGCCCUAGAUGUGCUGACGGUCGAGCUCUACCCGUCUGACAAGAGGACCACGGCGUUCGGUUUCCUCAACGCGCUGUGCAAGCUAGCGGCCGUGCUGGGCAUCAGCAUCUUCACGUCCUUCGUGGGCAUCACCAAGGCGGUCCCCAUCCUGUUUGCCUCUGGGGCGCUGGCGGCCGGCAGCUUCCUGGCCCUCAAACUGCCCGAGACCAGGGGUCAGGUGCUGCAAUAA